AUGCCUGACAAGAUCCUGGACGACAUCUCGCACCGCCGUUAUAACCCUCUGCGUGGCAGCUGGAUUCUGGUAUCCCCUCACCGCACCAAGAGACCAUGGCAAGGUCAGCAGGAGAGUCCUGGGGUCAUUGACCUCCCGGUAUACGACCCUAAAUGCUACCUGUGCCCGGGGAACACGAGGGCUUCGGGAGAUGUCAACCCCAAGUACGAGAACACGUUCGUGUUUGUGAACGACUACAGCGCCGUCAAAGAGCUGCAAGAAGAUUACAAGUCUCCAGACGAACCGGGGAGCCUGUCCAGCCUUCUGCUACAGGCCGAGCCAGUCAAGGGCAAAUGCUAUGUCUUGACCUUCAGUGCCGCGCACAAUGUCACACUGGCGGACAUGUCACCCGAUGAGAUUCUUCCAAUUGUGAAGACAUGGACUGAAAUCUACACGGCGCAUAUCUCCCCCAAGUCACCGCUGGUCGCGCAGGCUAAACCGACUCAUUUGCCACCAUCUAACCCCCAUGUAGACGUUGGACGACCCAGGGACCAGUAUCGGUGGAUGCAAAUAUUCGAGAACAAGGGCAGCGCCAUGGGCUGCUCCAACCCUCAUCCGCAUGGCCAGAUCUGGACGACCACAUCGCUGCCUGAAGAAGCCGCGAUUGAAUUGGAACAACUGAGAAAAUACAACCGCCAACAGGGCGGUGGGCACAUGUUGGUUGACUACGCCCGUCUCGAACGAGAAAAGAACGAGCGAGUUGUCUUCCAGAAUGAGACUUUCCUGGUCAUCUGCCCGUGGUGGGCCACCUGGCCUUUUGAAACCAUGAUAUUACCCGUCAAACACAUUCGCUCUCUGAUCGACUUGAGCGAGAAGGAACAGAUGGACUUGGCCGAGGCAAUAGCAGAGAUCACUCGACGGUAUGACAACCUCUUCGAGACGAGUUUUCCUUACAGUAUGGGCAUCCACCAAGCGCCGCUGGACGGCAACGAAGAGGAGAUUGAGUGCUCCAGUCUUCACUUGCAUUUCUAUCCUCCGCUUCUGAGGAGCGCGACGGUCAGAAAAUUCCUCGUCGGGUAUGAAAUGCUGGGAGAGCCACAGAGAGAUAUUACACCGGAGCAAGCCACAGUCAGGCUGCAGAAUUGCGGAGGAGAAUUGUACAGGAAGAAACUCGGCGGUAACGAAGGAGAGGUGGUUGAGACCCCGCCAGCGUCCGACAAGCCCAAGACUGAACUCAGCUCAUAA